CUGGAUAGGACACAUCACCAGGAAAACUUCCGCUGCCAGCUGUUUCAACAGAGAGGCGAGUGGGAGAUCCGUGAGUAGCGCUGUAAAAAGCCUUAAGAGAGCCCGAGGAUAUUCAGGAAAUAAGGAAACGACUGAAGGAUACAGCAAUACACAAGAUGGCGCUAGCAAGCGAACCAGUUCAGCAGAACCAGGCCCAGAAGGAUGCGGCCGACCAGAACUUUGACUACAUGUUCAAACUGCUGAUCAUUGGGAACAGCAGCGUGGGGAAGACCAGCUUCCUGUUUCGCUACGCGGACGACUCGUUCACCUCUGCCUUCGUCAGCACCGUGGGCAUCGACUUCAAGGUCAAGACCGUGUACCGCAACAACAAGAGGGUCAAGCUGCAGAUUUGGGACACGGCGGGUCAGGAGAGGUAUCGGACCAUCACCACGGCGUACUACCGAGGCGCUAUGGGCUUCCUGCUCAUGUAUGACAUCACCAGCCAGGAGUCCUUCUACGCCGUGCAGGACUGGGCGACCCAGAUCAAGACGUACUCGUGGGACAAUGCCCAGGUGGUCCUUGUGGGCAACAAAUGUGACCUGGAGGACGACCGACUGGUCCCCACGGAGGACGGGCAGAGGCUGGCGGGGGAUCUAGGUUUCCAGUUCUUCGAGACCAGUGCCAAAGACAACAUCAACGUAAAGCAGGUGUUUGAUCGCCUGGUAGACGUCAUAUGUGACAAGAUGAACGAGAGCGUAAACGGAGACGCCAGCCCUGUAGCCAAUCACAAGACGCCUAGCCUACAGGACACGCCCCCGGAAAGCCAGGGCGGCUGCUCCUGCUGAUAACGCCUUAAACUCACAGAACACAUGCCCACGCACACACACACAAAUAUUCUUUUACACGUACUGUAUGCACUCCCACAGGCACACACAGCAAUUGCCCAAAUGAUUUGCGUUGUGAAUGUAUGUUAAAUUAUUGCUGCUACCAUUCGUGCCCACAGCCUCACUUCUGCUCUCCUGCCCCUGGUACCAACAGUCACCACUACACACCCAAACAGUCAACUGUUUCAAUACCAGUGGCUUCUCACACGUGUUGUGUGUCGUUCUAGGAAUACUAUACACUGAACCAGCUCACAGUGCCAAUCUGCCCUAUAAGUACAGCGAUAAUUAGUAGAUUUUGUUGACUGGAACGAGUUGGCUAAGUACAUAGAUAUACAUACAUAGAAUCGACACAUACUUUUACACCUCUGUCCAGUCGGCACGUUAACUCUUUUGCACUCUUCUAGUCUUCUCUGCUUGAAAGUCUACAUUUACUCAUUUAGCAGAUGCAUUUAUCCAGAGCGACUUACAGAAGGUACAGGGACAUUCCCCCCGAGGCAAGUAGGGUAAAGUGUCUUGUCCAAGGACACAACGUCAUUUGGCACAGCGGGGAAUUGAUCCGGCAACCUUCUGAUUACUAGCCCGACUCCCUCACCGCUCAGCCAUCUGAAGCCAUCUGAAGUUUAACUGACAAAUACGCACUUGUAGCAUAAAGGGAGGCUGAAGUCUAGGCUAUCCAUAACCCAAACAUGACCUCACUGCUGUAUAUCACUGCUUUAGCUUUUUGGCCUUUUCAAUGUUUGCAGGCUGAUUCUGGUAUGAUGAGAGAUACUUUAACGCCCCCAUGUGGAAGGAUGGCACUACAGCAAUUAUCGGUCCACAGUCUAUAUGAAUAUCCUGUUCAACAUGUUUUGAGACUUGUCGGGCCAGGCUACACCAAGUCAGGUAGUCUGGCUGACAUUUUGUGAAUCAUGGAGGAUUUCAGUUCAAGUUGCGCCUGACUGACUAAAUGUGCCACUGUUACUCAGGCCUGCAGUGUGUUGCCCAGCCGCAAUGAUGAGCCUUCCAAAACAUCUAUAUUUUCUUAAUCACUGUUUGGCCACACUGGGUCUGUUUGAGCAACUGUUAUGGCUUUGUAUCAGGAUCUGGCAUAAUGAGUAACGCCAGUCUGACUCAUCAGUCUGAGAGUUCUCGUCUCAAUAUGCUUUCCUUUGUCAUCUAUGAAUGUUUUCUCUCGACUUCCUUAAACGAAUGAAAUAAAACGUGACGUAAACUGAA